AACAUCAAACUGUGCGUGAAAAAAAAAACCCACGGAACAGCCAGUUCAUCGUCCUUCGAUUCACUCCGCUUUCUUUUUCGAGCACCAUGAUUAGCAGCACUGCCGGGGAUCUGUCCUGUAACAUCGCAAACUUGUGCCGCAUUUGCUCGACUCCCGGAUCGCACAGCAUAUUUGUCAAAAUUCCAGCCUACCUGCAUGAACAUCCCCGGGAAUGUGCUCGCUGGACGAUGCCAAUCCACAGGCUAGUAACGGAGGUGACCGGACUCGAUAUCACCGUAGAUGAUGGACUUCCGCAGAAGAUUUGCGUUCUGUGCAUUUCCUACCUGAAGCACGCCUACACAUUCCGAAGGCAAACGAUCGACAAUGUCGCUGCAUUGCUUGCUGCCAAGUACCUGCUCGGGGUACAGGAGCAACGGAAGGAAUCGAAGAAUAUGGAUGAUAUGGAGGAGAUUAUUCCAACUAUGGUUGCUCCAGCGGUGAUUCGGGCAAAUGUAAAUGUCGCUAGCUAUAAGAUGAUGAAUCUCGGGGGAGGACGAGGAAGGAAGUCCGUUCCAUAUCAGAAAAAUCUUGAUAAGGAGGUACUCCAGCAGGUGCUCGGUGGGAGCGUCCAGCAGAAGAAGAAGCAAAACAAUGCCGAAGAGGAACGACGGCGUAUUGAGGAGGCAUUCUUGAGUAGAUGGCAAGAUUCAUCUCCCGAGGAUAAUGCGACGGGAAGCGCCAGUGGAUUCUUCAGCUAUACAGAGAAAGAAUUUCAAGAAGACGACGUCAUGGAGCUGGAUGUUCUGAAGGAACACAAUAUUACGUUUAAUCUACCGGAAGAUUACAAAGAAAAGAAAUGUCCUUCCUGUCGGAAGCGAUUCAUGUUCGACGAGUCAUACAAUGAACACCUCAAGGAGUGUCUUCUUUUCAAGCUGGUCAAAUUUAUACGGGAAGUGUAUCAUUUCCUGUUCCUCAAGGAAAAUCGUUCUAUUUCUUCGUUCGAGUUCAUCAGGAGAGUGGUAUUUUCUGUUAAGAAAACGGUUGAAGUGAUCUCCAGUUACGGCGAAGAAAGUACAGAACCGGAAUCGGAAGUUGCAACAACUUCCACCGCUCAGACAGCCGAUGAUGAUCAAAGCAAGAUCGAACGUUCGUUCUUGACCAACCUGGAAAAGCUUCGAGUGAGCUACAAUCCGGAAGGAACGAUCAUUCCUUCUCCUAUUGCUCUGAUGCAGCAAAGCGACGACGGACGAAGUUCCUUUACCACAGGAUCUACCUCAAUUUCUCCGGUCGUGGCGGUGACCAGGUGCGAAGAAUGUCAUGCGACAUUCGAAUCGGUCACCGAGCUGGAAGUGCACAAUCUCAACUAUCAUCGCCAACCACUGACCACAGCUGCCACUCCGAAUAAUCUGAAAAGACUGGCACCUUUCCCUCAACCACCCAUGCCACCAUCGCCGAAGGAAGUGGAUAUGAUUAAAAACCGACUCCUAUCACGCACACCGGAUUCGAACAGCGGAGGUCAAGCCGAAAGCGAAAGCGAUGAUCAGCGUAAGGCGAUCAGUUGCAAGAAGUGCAAGAGACGCUUCUACACGAUUUCACAACUGGACAAUCAUCAAAUCCGCUCCUGCCAGCGGAAGUCACCUCGGCGGCUGCCAGAGUCGCGUGACAGCCCAGCAGAUCGUAGCCGGAAGAAUCUAAAUGCCAGUUAUUUUUACACGAUGGAGCUACUCAAGGAAAUGAAAUAGUGACCGGAUGUUUACGGUGAUGCAUUUUAUCAUGACGACGCACAUGUAUUUUUAGUUGGUAUGUUUUUCUCGUUUCUGAAACAAAGACUGUCGCAUGUUAGGUGUGUGCCAAUUUGUGUUUUGACCGUUUUUUUUUUUUUUUUUAGCAAAGCUUUAAUAUUUUUGUUUCUAUUCUUACAACAUGUAAUGUAAAGUAA